AUGAUGAGUGAAGAAAUAGUUGGCAAGAAAACCUCAUUAUCAAGCCUUAUCUACCCAAAGCGCAUACCAAACAUUAAGUUUGGUCCUAUCAAGGACGAAAUGGGCUUCACGCUCAGCGAAAGACUGGCUCUCAGACAGGCGUGGAACUUGAUCAAACCCUUUGAGCGGCGCUACGGUCAGGAUGUGUUCUAUAGCUUCUUAAAUGAUUACUCUUGGGGUAUUAAAAAGUUUGGGAACGGAACUGAGCUCGACCUGAAAGCCCUGCACUCACAUGCUUUUCGAUUUAUCAACUUUUUUGGACUUCUCAUCGAGGAGAAAGAUUCUGUAAUGUUCCAGCUGAUGAUAAAUGACAACAACCAAACCCACAGUCGCUGCAAAGUGGGCUCCUUUUUUGUUGGGCAUCUAGCCCAGGCCCUGGCGGACUAUGUGCUAAAGGUGUUCCACAAGGUCAGCUCGCUAUCACUGGAACGGGGCUUGGACAAACUCGUGGAGAAGUUCCAGAACUACCAGGACAAUCCGUCGAUUACCUCCGCACACAAUCGCCUGAGCAAGAUGAACUCUGAUCCCCGCCCUCCCAGAGGAAAUCCAGUGGAAGCCCAGGGCAUGAAUCGGAAUUAUAUCGGGCGGCGCACUUCUGCCGCGGACGCUGCCUCUGCCACCGCGAUAUCAGGCUUCUAGUAUCAGCCUCUGUCGCAGUCGCCGACGCAGUUGCCGCUUAUUUUGCUUAGCUGCUAAGCGAUUUCCUUGGAGAAAUUCAGUUCAGCUCGGACGCUCAUCGCGCCCAUAUACACGUUUCGAUAGUUAAGGCUUUCGGAGAACUGGAGUGAUCAAAAGUGGCAGUAGCAACGUAAACAUAAAUAAAUUGUACAUAUAACCUCGCAUUUGCGGGCUAAUCGGCAAA